GGGGCUGUGGGCAGCGGCGCGCAUGGCGUGGGGCUGCACCCCGAAGGCGCGGGGCGAGCUUGGGGGUCUCCCCGGGCUGGAGAUCGGGCAGUGGAGGGCACGCCCCCAGCCCCUGGCGGGAGACCAGGCUGUGCCGCUGGACCUCCGCAGCUGCACCCUGCGGGAAGACCCUGCUGCUUAGGCAGGAAAAGCCAGCCUGGGCCCUGAUCCCUACCCCACACUGGGCCUCAGUUUCCCUGGCUAUGCAGCGGAGAUGGCAAGGUUGACCCGCGGGGUGCUUGGGCAGAAUGGAAAGGGCCUUGUCCUUGUGGGAGUCGGGCUUGAGGAAUGUGCCAGUGCGGCCAUCCGCCCUCUAUGGGAUCUGUGGGGGCUCUCCGGGUGUGUCCCUCGGGCAGUGAUGAGGGACAGGACCCAGCCAGCCAUCACUCUGUAUGUCGAUGGAGAAAGGGAAGCCUUUCCGAUGCGGAGGGGCAGGCAUGCCCCGCACGCUGAGUGCCUCCGACAUGGUCACCCCAGGCAGCCUCAGUCCACCUCCCACAGAGUCCACAGAAGGCGAGCAAGCUGGGCAGACCCUUCUGGAUGGAGCUCCAUCCUCAGCCUCUCUGGACACCCUGAUUCAACACCUGGUGCCCACAGCCGACUACUACCCCGAGAAAGCCUACAUCUUCACUUUCCUGCUGAGCUCUCGCCUCUUCAUCGAGCCCAGGGAGCUCCUGGCCCGGGUGUGUCACCUGUGCAUUGAGCAGCAGCAGCUGGACAAGCCGGUGCUGGACAAGGCCCAAAUCCGGAAGUUUGGGCCCAAGCUGCUCCAGUUGUUGGCCGAAUGGACUGAGACCUUCCCGAGGGACUUCGAAGAGGAGUCGACCAUCAGACACCUGACGGAUGUGGUAGGCCGCAUCGCCCCGUGUGACGAGGCCUACCGGAACAGGAUGCACCAGCUCCUACAGGCUCUGCACCAGAAGUUGGCAUCACUGGGCCAGGGAACACAAGGCCUGUUAGGGGCAGACAAGCCCAUCUCCUACAAGACCAAGCCACCAGCCUCCAUCCAUAGGGAGCUCCUAGGGGUCUGCAGCGACCCCUACACACUGGCCCAGCAGCUGACCCACGUGGAGCUGGAACGACUGCGACACAUUGGGCCCGAAGAGUUUGUCCAGGCUUUUGUGAACAAGGACCCUCUGGCCAGCACAAAGCCCUGCUUCAGUGAUAAGACGAACAACGUGGAAGCGUAUGUGAAAUGGUUCAACAGACUGUGUUACCUUGUGGCCACUGAGAUCUGCAUGCCAGCCAAGAAGAAGCAGAGGGCUCAGGUGAUCGAGUUCUUCAUUGAUGUGGCCCGUGAGUGCUUCAACAUCGGCAACUUCAACUCCCUCAUGGCCAUUAUCUCUGGUAUGAACAUGAGCCCCGUCUCCAGGCUGAAGAAGACUUGGGCCAAAGUGAAGACAGCCAAGUUUUUCAUUCUGGAGCACCAGAUGGACCCAACGGGGAAUUUCUGCAACUACAGGACAGCCCUUCGAGGGGCAGCCCACCGCUCUCUGACUGCCCACAGCAGCCGGGAGAAGAUUGUCAUCCCUUUCUUCAGCCUGCUCAUCAAAGACAUCUACUUCCUCAACGAGGGCUGUGCCAACCGCCUUCCUAAUGGACAUGUCAACUUUGAGAAAUUUCUGGAACUGGCCAAACAGGUUGGAGAGUUCAUCACAUGGAAACAAGUGGACUGUCCUUUUGAGCAAGACUCCAGCAUCACCCACUACCUGUACACUGCCCCCAUCUUCAGUGAGGACGGUCUUUAUUUGGCUUCCUAUGAAAGUGAGAGCCCAGAAAACCAAACAGAAAAAGAGAGGUGGAAAUCGCUAAGAUCUUCUAUUCUGGGGAAGACAUGAGAAGCCCUGAGCUGGAGGAGGAGGAAGUGAUGGAGCCGACAGAAGCCAUCCACAGCCCUGCCUCAGACGGUCCAGGGGGUGAAGGCAGAUGCAGAGCGUCACUACUUUGAAAACCUGACCCUGGAACCUGGCACCUGGCACAAUGACCUCAUGGGCACAGGAACCCUUUUGUGAGGCCUCAGCCCUGGAUGACCCGGCAGAGCCUCCAAGAGUGCGGGUGACCCCUGAUAAGGCAAAACUUUGCCUUCUUGACCAAGUGGGCCACAUGGUCAGUCUGUCCAUCCUGGACAGGGACACAAAGCUACCCCAGAGGAUUGGGCAACUGUGGUCAUGUGAUCUUGUUGAGUGACGUGUGGUGGAGAUUAACACAGCGGUCUGUCACUGGUAGCUUGGGAGCCUCUGUAACUGCAGUAGGCGUCAUGGCACCACUUGAGAUGUGCCUGUGCCAGCUCGGAGUCCAUCAUGGCCCCUGCUCUUCUGCUGACAGACACCUGUCCUGCCCCUCCCAAUGGACUUGUUUCUGCAGCCCCAGUCACCCAACCCCUUCUGAAUCCUGCUGGUAUCAGGAUAGCCUUCUGGUGACAGCUGUGGAACAGGUCAGUGGGACAAACUGAAAUCAGCAAUUCAGCAAUGUGUAUAUUACAACCUGCUGCCUAGCUCCCCUGUAAACUUUAGAGUCAGAGUAAACACAUGUUUGUACAUCCAUCCUG